AUGGCUUAUAGCGAAGAGUACGGUCCACUGGCUCCAACCAGCGAUACUCUGUCGCCUCUACCUACCGGCCACCGGAAUGGACUCAUCGCCGUCGCCGUCUGUGGCAUGGUUUCGUUCGUGUCGACAGCCACGCUAGUUCUAUUCCUGACGUAUAAAUUGGUCACCUGGCACCUGCGAACUCCGAACAGGAUAGACGACAAUCACCAAACCGCAGCAAAUGACCUGUCGUUGGGCCUGGCGCAGAGGAAUUAUGGCACGUCCAAGAAAGCUAUUCCGGAGGUGGAGAAUGUAGAACAACGACGCCGGCAGAAAGCGAGACGAGGCCCGCCAAACCAAUUUCUCAUCCUUGUAUAUAACUUGUUCUUCGCCGAUAUGCACCAGGCAACGGCGUUCAUGUUGAAUAUUCCGUGGGUGCAGAAUAACGAGAUAACUGUGGGAAUUCCGACUUGCUGGGUGCAGGGCUGGUUUGUAUCAACGGGAGAUCUGUCUGCCAGCUGCUUCAUAUGCGCCAUUGCCAUUCAUACCUACCUAACAGUCGUAAGGGGAUAUAAGCCACCGCAGUGGGCGUUGUAUCUUGCCAUCUUCGGCUUGUGGGUGUUUAUCUAUGUGAUGGCCAUCGUUGGAGUGGCCUCUACCAAUAAUGGGAGAGGAGUUGGUGGAUUUUAUGUUCGCGCAGCUGCUUGGUGCUGGAUAAAUGCCAAGUACGAACCGCUUCGUCUAUGGCUCCAUUAUAUAUGGAUCUUCCUCUCGUUUCUCAUGACGAGUAUCCUGUAUACGCUUAUCUUCCUUUUCCUUCACCGGAAAAAUGCCUUUUCUCAACCCCUUUCGCAUAGUCGUCUAUCAGCGUCGACACGAUCGGGUACGAAUAACACGAGCUCUCACACGAAUCCAUCGGGACAUCAUCCCACCUUCCUUAUCUACCCGAUUAUCUAUAUUUUAUGUACGGCGCCGUUAGCUUUGGGCCGUGUGUUCACCAUGUCUGGAAGGAAUGUGAGCAUAGCUUAUUUCUGUCUGGCAGGCGCCAUGAUAGCCUCCAACGGAUGGUUGGAUGUCUUGCUGUUUUCAACUACACGACAUUCCAUUAUCUUCGACGCACCUCUGGACUCAGAGGACACUGGCUUAAAGACGUUCACUUUCAUGAGGACACCGCAUUGGAGGCGAUACGGAAACAUGAUAUGGGUGCAAGGUGGAGCUCACUCCGGCAAUGACGGAGGUGGCCGGCAACGUAAGGGACGUAGGAAAGCAGUGUGGGGAUUAAGCCGAAUCGGGGAGCUGGUAGGAUGGGAUGGAAGAGAUGGCCGUCCUAAUGGCAACAACCGCUGGGUUGGUGGCAUAGGUAGCGGAAGCCAGGAAUCACUUCGGGGUAUUACAAGAGCGACGGAGACGGGAAUUCAGAUGGAUACCGUAACGACGGUAGUUGUAGAAGUCGAACAAGGCGACUCGAAAACGAGAUCACGGGAACCUUCUGCUCACUCAAUAGAUAGUUCAGAGAAAGGGCCCGCACACCGGACGAACAGCCUACGUCUCUAA